AUGAUACAUAUAGGAUAUUUUGUGGUAACUCUCUUGAGUUUGAAAAUCGUGGAAAGUGCCAUUGAAGGGAAUGCUGUCGGAGGAAAGAAAGCUGUCAUAACCGAAUUUCCUCACUCUGUGUAUCUCGGAACGACAUGUUAUGAAGAGGAUUCAGAGGAUUCAGAGGAUUAUAACUAUUGGCUCUGCGGUGCUUCUAUUUUGAACCAAAAAAUCGUAUUGACAGCAGCGCACUGCAUGUACGGGUGUGGACCGCUCAGCAGUUUUUCCGUUAAUAUGGGAAAUGUCGACAGGAAUAAAGGCUUUGAAAGCACAGUUGAAGCUUACAUUCUGCACGAGGAUUAUACGCCUCGCAAGACAGCUAAUGACAUAGGUGUGGCGAUGAUAAAAGCUACUAUUAAAUUUAAACCAAACAUUAAACGGAUUGCUAUCAUGAAAGAUCCACCUUAUUAUGAGAAGUCACAAAUGGCUGGUUGGGGUCUCAUUGACGAAAUUAAUUCUAAGUACGAUAGUUACCUUUGGUAUAUUGAUCAGUAUGUAUGGAAAAAUGAUGAAUGCCUCCAAGUACUCAACAAAAUGCCAAGUGGCACUGUCUGCGCAAGUAGUGGGAAUUCUGAAUCAUAUUCUGCUCGAGGUGACUCCGGUAGCGCCCUGGUAGUGAAGAACUACAUCCAGAUUGGGAUUGUCUCCUACAAGGUACCGAACCUCAGCAGGAGUCUCGUGGUCUAUACAGACACCGGUUACUUCUACGAUUGGAUCAAAACUAACGCAAAAAAACUUUAUUGUGCCUAA